AUGUCGUCGAAAGGAAAGAAGCCCGCCACCAAGUCGGCCAUCGAGCAGGUCGUGUCCCGCGAGUACACCAUCCACCUCCACAAGAGACUGCAUGGUGUGACUUUCAAGAAGCGGGCUCCUCGGGCCAUCAAGGAGAUCAAGGAGUUUGCGCAGAAGGCUAUGCAAACCUCCGACGUCCGCCUCGACCCUCAACUGAACAAGAAGGUCUGGGAGCAAGGUGUCAAGGGUGUCCCGUACAGAAUCCGUGUCCGAAUUAGCCGAAGACGAAACGACGAGGAGGAUGCCAAGGAGAAGCUCUACAGCUACGUUCAAGCAGUCAACGUUAAGAACCCCAAGGGUCUGGUGACGGCCGUUGUCGAGGAGUAA